ACUCGCCUGUUGCUUUUAUUUGUUCUCUUAUUUUACUGGGCAGCCUCGCUUUACGGUUGCUUCAAAAUGGAGAUACGCAUGGAUACUACGAAUCUCAUAAUAAAAGGGAGCCCUCUACACAACGUUGCUUACAUUUACGAAAACUUUCUCUGGAAGGAAGGACAGCUGGUCAUGGUUUUCGUGAACAACCCUCCAGAUCUCUCAAUCGAAGAUAAUCAACGGAGUAUGCUCGCCUUGGUCAGCGAAUUCGAAGCUUUGCAAUAUUCAAUGGGGAAGAAUUCCACGUCUUUCUGGCUCCGCUCGUUUUUGUACCAGUCGGCUCUUUACCACACCAAUGAAGGAUUCUAUGCUCUGUUGGACAUUUGGCUUCAGCAGGUUUAUAUGCCGAUGUUUACGUAA